UACCAAAGUUUCUUAGGUGCUGAAUAAUUUUUUGACACGGCAUUACUACUCAUGCAGAUGCACAACCCUCUGCCCCUUGACCCGUCGAUGUUCACUACAAUAGCCAUUUGAGUAAACUUACCGGUUUUUGUUCGAAAAUGUUGCAUAAAGUAGACACAACUGAAGACUUGGCUCAGGAACCCCGACCAUUGAAACAGUGUUAUGGAGCCAAGUAUACGUUGGAGCACUCCAUGUAAAACUGGAAGACGUCUUCGAUGCACGGCCGUUUGUGUAUUCUUGCUUUCAACACUAUACAUACUGCUACCGUUCAAUUUAUCAAGGUGGCAGCAUUUUAUUUGGAAAUAUAGCCGUUAUAACGAUAAUUGGUUUAAUUUGAAUGAAUAUUGUGUAUUAUAUGAUAUGCAGUCUUGCUAAGCACGUUAGUAUGAAGUCGAAAUAAAUUGUAUGCAUAUACAUGUAUGAUAAGUGACAGAUUGUUAAAGUUUUGUUUAAAUUGAAGAAUUAAAUGUACAAUACUUAACCGACUGUAGACAUUAUUUUUAUGGGUAGGCUACACUGUGAAAUGAUGAAAGUUUACAUCAACGUUUUAAUAAGUCAGUACAACUUAACCUCUGUAUAAAUUCUACUAAUGACGUAUUGUAAAUGACUUUUGACAUUGGUGUUACGAUACGUUUACAACAUAAAGACAAUGGGGGUAAUUUUUGGUACUGAUAUGUCAGUAAGAUGCAACACAUAAAUUGUAGAAACCUAUAGUACAUGUAACUGCCUUGUGACAAAAAUGAUUGUCGUUGAUACAUAGACGCGGUCAGCCCUGUUAUCACUGGCUCGCUAAAAGUCUACAACAACAAAAUUCGUACGGCGAAGACAACCGCGCCUAUUAGGGCCUAUGACACAUAUCUAAACCGUGACCGGGCCUAGCAGCUUUUGGGAACGAAACGUAUAGUAUAAAAGACACCAAACUACACAAGACGUAAAGAGAAUAUUAACUGGCAUUAAUGAAGAAUUCGUGAAUGUGGAUAAAAUGCAUUGCAACCACUAUUGACCCUCAAAACACCUGGGUCAGGCUUUUGGAUCACAGUGCCAUUCAAACAGUUUCAUUAGUGAAUAUAUCUAAAAUACUCUCCUUAGUAUUUAUGGACUAAGCAUGAGAAAAUGCUAUGGAAGCUAUGGAAAUAGAAGAAAAUCUGUGUUCAGUCUGUCCGGGACAAAACAGAAUCCAAAAAAAUAUGACGUUUUUAAAACAAAAUUUUUCAAACCCAACCCUGAACUGCUCAUCUUAUUAACACCAAAUUUUAAAAGGAUGAUUGAUACAACAUUCAGUCAGACAAAUAUUCCAAAAUAGUAUAGUGUCAUCGAUGGGUAGAUAAAUGUAUUAACGUAUCUUGCUUACACCAUUCAGAGAAAUAUUACAGGCCACAGAUGCUGUGCCAACUCCGACUGCUCAAUCAGGUCAAGGUUCAGCACAGCUAUCGGGGAACUUGGCGGCGGCAACAAUUGAAAUCAACCGCAUUCAUAACCAUUCUCUGGAUGACUAUGCGGCUGCUCAGCCAACACGACAUUGGGUGUUUGGAAACUUGGCGCCGGAUUCAGCAUGGCAAUUCAAUGUUAAAGCUAUGAGAGAAGUUAGAAAUAUCACGACGAGGAGGCUGAACCUCGGUACUCGAUUGCAGGAGCAUAGGUGGGGAAACGUCACAAACUACACUGCGCUUCCCAUUGGUCACUACAACACAUGCGCUGUCGUGGGAAAUAGCGGGGUUCUCCUCGGCAGCCGCUGUGGUCCGGAGAUCGACUCCAAGGAUUACGUCAUUAGAAUCGACCUUCCUGUUCUCAGAGGGUUUCAGAGAGACGUUGGCGGACGGACCAAUAUGACAGUGCUCAACCUAAAGACGCCCUUACGACUGGCCCAGUCUUCACGUUUUAAAAAUAGGUCACAAGACGUGUACGAGAGUCGAUUACGAGACGUGAAAGAUUCGAUUCUACUUGCGGAUCCCAGAGCAAGAAAGAAUAUUAUAAACGCUUUGGGAGCGUAUAAAAUGCCCUUUACAGUGUUGAUUACAGAGAAUCAACUAAGGACUGGUACUAUGUCGAUUGCUUCCCAGAUAGCGAACAGGAAGAUGAAAGGAACCGCCACAAUCGGGCUUGUGAGUGUCCUGUUGAUGACGACGUUCUGUGACCACUCCUACAUGUAUGGCUUCUUUCCCUUCAUGAAGGACGUGAACAACGUCACAGUUCCCUACCACUACUACCCACACGACAAUGUCUAUCCGCCAAUGGAAAACAAAUUCGAUGAAUUACACAAGGUGGACCAAGAAUACGAGCUUCACAAAGAUCUACACAGACGAGGGGUUCUAAAGAUGCAGCUCGGUCCAUGUGAAAAACAUUAACCCUAUCCUGGACUUUUAGAGUAUUCCUAGAUAGUUGCGGCGUUCUUUGACCGCCCCCAACUCCUUUCAUAAAUUUCAAUGGAUUAAUCUUCGAUAACUAAUUUUACAUGGUCGAUGUGCCCCCAAUAAUUCUUGAAACUUUUCAAUCAUUAUAACGCAAUCUUGACAUCAUUGAUUGAUAUUAUUGCCUAAAACAGGAAAUUCUCCGUAUAUCUUACGGUUCUAAAUCAACAAAUUAUCCUACAAUGUUAAGAAAGCAUAUUUCAUUAUUUUUGGAGGAAGAAAAAGUACAACAAAGGAAAUCUUAACAUAGCUAUUAAUAACACACAAAUUAAUCAAGUUACGAACACAUGUUUGUGUCACUAUUGAUGAAAAACUUACCUGGAAAAACAUAUUGACCUAAUUUGCAAAGAAAUCUAUAAAAACAUAGGUUUUGUCAGAAAAAACUCUACUAUAUUCUAAAACAUAUAUGAUAUUAUACUAUAGUUUGCUUUAUCCCUAUCUUGCAUAUUGUAACAUCGUAUGGGCUAGUACAUACUCCACAUCCCUUAACCCUAUCCAGACCGGACUUUUUUGGUCAUCCCUUGACGGGGGGUGGGGGUGGGGGGGGCUUUUGAGGCCCUCCACUUUUGAGUCCUAAAACUCUUAAAAGGCGUGCCAUAGGGCCACCAAAUUUUCAGGAUAUAAUGUCCACAUAACAUUUGACAUGCAUUUGACGUUUGACGUUACGUUGACGUAAGAUGACGUAAUUAUGACGUCAUUCUUUUGAUCAUAUUGGCCGGACCCAUAAAAAAAGGAUAUUCUCAGAAAACUUCAAGUUAUGCUACAAAAAUGUA